AUGAGAAGCCGCCUGGUUUUACUGAUGACAUUGACGUUUUCGAUAAAAGUGUCACAAGAAAACAUCCAUGUAGGCGGCAACUUCCUCAACCGAGGUAUAGAAAAGGGAAUGGCUUACGCCAAAUUUAAAGCUCACAGGUUCGCCUUUCUGAACGUCACCACCAUUGGACCGAAUAAUGUUGUGAAAGCGGGAAGCGAAUGUGGUUUAGCUUGUGUUAACUCACUAUCCUGUUUGUCCUUUAACCUGGCCGUAUUUCAUGGCAUGAAUGGCAAACUGCUAUGUCAAUUACUUCCAACCGACAUUUACAACAACUCGGACAAGUUUGCCAUCAGUGAGCAAUUUCAUCACUAUAGCAUCUCGUCUCCCUGCAUCAGUUGGCCUUGUCAGAACAAUGGGACAUGCGCUGCACAAUACAAAGACGAUAGCUACAUUUGCAUUUGCAAACGAGGAUACACAGGGAAACACUGCGAAAUUCUUGAGCUGCUGUCUGUUACCAUAUGUGAGAGAAACACGCAGUCCAUAAGUUGUGGCAGCGGAUCAACCUUAGACAUCUUGGAGGCAACCUUCGGUCGGCAAAACAGUCGUACCUGUCCUGGGGUUUUCUAUACUACAAACUGUAUUGCCGUCAAUUCUUCCUCAGUGGUUCGCCACAAGUGUCAAGCGAAAGACAGCUGUUUGCUUGGCGCCUUGAAUUCUUGGUUUGGCGAUCCAUGCCCAGGGAGCUUGAAAUAUCUGUUCGUUAAAUACCGCUGUAUCUGA